AUGGCAUCGAUAUCGAACUACGCGAUGCCGCAGGAGCAGCCAGGCUACUCAUUCGCCGGCUCGGCUGCGGCAUCACAUUCAGAAGGUGUCAAGCAACACGCCUUCUACCCAUACACAGACAACGGAGGCUCGACACUAGCGAUCUCAGGCGAUGACUUUGCCAUCCUGGCCGGCGACACCCGCAUGACAUCCGGCUACAACAUCCACACACGAUAUCAACCAAAGCUCUUCAAGAUCGGCGAUGAGGAAGACUCACGAAUCGUUCUCUCGGUAGUCGGCUACGCAGCAGACGGCAACGCCCUAAAAGAGCGCUUGGAUGUCAUCGUGAAGAUGUACAAAUACCAGCACGGCAAAACCAUCAGUAUCAAAGCCUGUGCACAGCGGUUAUCGACCAUCCUCUAUGGCAAGCGCUUCUUUCCCUACUACGUCCACGCCAUCCUAGGUGGUCUCGACGAGGAUGGUAAGGGCGCACUGUACAGCUACGACCCUGUUGGCAGCUACGAGCGAGAGCAGUGCAGAGCGGCUGGUGCGGCGUCAAGCUUGAUCAUGCCGUUCUUGGACAACCAGGUCAACUACAAGAAUCAGUACGAUCCGACGUCCGGUGAGGGACACAACUUGCAACCGCGAGGCUUCGAGGCUCUGAGCCAAGACCAUGUCGUGGCGUUGGUCAAGGAUGCGUUCACGAGCGCAACGGAGCGGCAUAUCGAGGUUGGUGAUGGAUUACAGAUGAUGAUCAUCAAGAAGGAUGGUAUUCACGAGACAUUCACGCCGCUCAAGCGCGACUAG